CGUAGUCAGACGCGUUAUCCAUUGCGCCACUGGCCCGAUGUGGGAGAUUAUAACAGAUACGUGCACUCAAAUAGGCUCAGACAAUACUUUUAAACAAUUUUAUAUACGUACGUACAUUAUGUCAAAUUAGUUUUAAACACACAAUUGCUGAACCACUAUAAAGCGUUAGCGAUUGGAUAAAAGACGUUUAAAAAUGAUUCAGUAGCGCGUGUCAACUUGGCUCUCCACGUGUUUCAGAGAAGCACACGGCCCGGAGAUUUCUGCUUGUUAAUCAUGGCGACAUCAAUCCACGAGACGGUCCUUAUAGGAGUACGUGAUGGAGUUAUUGACAAGAAGAAAAACACGUCUUACUGCACAAACAAAAUCGGAGGCCAGCCGGUAACGGAAACGUACAUUUCUACACAGGCCGAGGGGUUUGCUUAAUGCUAACCGAAGCAUGCUAACGUGACACCUGCUCGUUUAUAACGUAGUCAAUAAAACCCCUCAUGUAGACUUGCGGUGUUUGGGCGAAUAAGCGACCAUUAAAUGGGAUUUGUGUUCUUGUGACCCGCUUCCAGUAAUGGCCCCGCGGCAGCCGUCAUGCGCUCUGUGUCAGAGAGGCCUGGCCCAGGUGGUGCAGGUCUACUGCCCUCUCGCGGCGUCUCCUUACCACAGAACCAUCAAUGUCUUCGCCUGCAUCAGUCCACAGUGCAGUGGCAAACCAGAGAGCUGGAUUGUCCUGCGCUCUCAGUGCUUGGAGGAUGACGUCAAAGCAAAACAAGACAACAAACCCACGGCGUGUACAGGAUCUUCGAUGUCCCGCACGGACUGGUGUGAUGGAGCCGACGACUGGGGGAUGGACGAUGAAGAGCGAGUGGCGGAAAGCGGCGCGCAGAAGCCAAACGUCUGUACAGAUGUGAGCAGCAGGCUUCAGGAGCUGUGCAUCGACGGAGAUCGGCAAAGUGUCCUCCAGCCCACCGACGCAGCCGUUUUCCAGCCGCUCUACGUUAGCGUUAUCGAGGAAACGGACCUGGAUGGAUUUCACGAUACGGGUCAUGAAAACGAGCUGCUUAGAGAGUACGAGGAGCGGGAGGGGGUGACUGUCCGGGAGAUUCGGAGCUGUGAAAGCGGGGAAGCUCAGGAGAAAUAUGAGAAGGCCACGGCCAAGCAUGGAGAUGAAGUGUUCACCAGCUUCAUGAAGAAAAUCUGUCUUUGUCCUGAACAAGUGUUACGAUACAGUUGGGCCGGAUCACCUCUGUUUAUAACGGAGCCUCUCUCCGGAGUCAGUCAGGGGGCGCCGAGCUGUGAUCACUGCGGCAGCCCGAGGGUUUUCGAGUUUCAGCUCAUGCCGGCGCUGGUCAGUUCGCUCAGUAGUGUAGACACAGAUACAGACGUUUCGCUGGAGUUCGGAACCGUUCUUGUGUACACCUGCAGAAAGAGCUGUUGGAAAUCAGGAUCAACGGCUCCGGUGGAAGAGUUUCUUGUUGUCCAGCCCGACCCAGACCAAAAGCUCUUCAAAUGAUAUUAGUUAUCAACAAUAAAGAUCAUUUUUACAACUUCA